AUGCCUCUCAGGGCUCCAGAAGGACGCGUUUCCUCUGAAGGAGAUCUAGAAGCUUACAGGGAGAUCCAGAAGGUUGCUGGGAGAUCCAGAAGGUUGCUGGGAGAUCCAGAAGGUUGCUGGGAGAUCAAGAAGGUUACAGGGAGAUCCAGAAGGUUCCAGGGAGAUCCAGAAGGUUCCAGGGAGAUCCAGACGGUUAUAGGGAGAUCCAGAAGGUUACAGGGAGAUCCAGAAGGUUACAGGGAGAUCCAGAAGGUUCCAGGGAGAUCCAGAAGGUUACAGGGAGAUACAGAAGGUUACAGGGAGAUCCAGAAAGUUACAGGGAGAUCCAGAAAGUUACAGGGAGAUCCAGAAGGUUGCUGGGAGAUCCAGAAGGUUGCUGGGAGAUCAAGAAGGUUACAGGGAGAUCAAGAAGGUUACAGGGAGAUCCAGAAGGUUACAGGGAGAUCCAGAAGGUUCCAGGGAGAUUCAGAAGGUUCCAGGGAGGUCCAGAAGGUUACUGGGAGGUCCAGAAGGUUACUGGGAGGUCCAGAAGGUUACUGGGAGAUCCAGAAGGUUACAGGGAGAUCCAGAAGGUUCCAGGGAGAUUCAGAAGGUUAUAGGAGAUCAAGAAGGUUACAGGAAGUGUAG